AUGAGUUAUUUCCACCCUUUUGUGAUAUUGGUUAUUCUCUGUAUCGGCGAGUGGUAGCAUCGAUGGGAUGAGAGAGAGGAUGCCUUCCCUUUCCAAGUCUAAUCACAAGGCAUCAACAGUCAUGAGACCCACCUCAAACUCUUCUUCUUCUUCUUCUUCAGCUGGUAAAUGGGUAACCAGCGUCUCCACCAUCGCCUCUGGCAUUUACUUCCUCCUAAUCAUUCUUCAGAUCCCACUCUUCAGAGUGCCAUGCAGAUCAGGGAUGUGCAACUCGCCUCUCCAAGUGACGUCUUCACAGUUAAUCGCAAGCGAUGUCUUCCCCACUGUGGUGGUCAAGGCCCUUCUCUAUCCUGGUGCCAUCUCAAGCAGCCUCCUGUCAAACUUCACCUUCCCAAGUUGGGAUAACACUCUUCACUUCUAUAACUUAACAGAUGCCAAGAACUACUCUGCAAUUGUCGAUCUUCAGCGUUUGGAGGUACUUGCAGGAUGCUACUUCUCUGUAGCUGGUGCUUUUGUGGGCCUAUUGAAACCCGGAAGGAUGAGCAUGUUUGGAACUCUUCUAGUAGUUUGGGGCCUUGUCAAAGAAGGUAUUCUUGGAAAACCUGCAACCACUGAUCCCACAAAGGCAGUUUACAUGUACCCAACAAUGGUCAUUGCACUGAUUUGUGCCUUCUCCUCCAUAAAGUAUGACAUGACAAAGGUAACUAGGAAGAGCCAUGUUCGCCCAAUGGCCAAGCCAUUGCAGAGUUCUUCCAAGUCUAAACUGAAAUGAGAGAGAGAGAGAGAGAGAGAGAGAGAGAGAGAGCUCAAAACCCUUGUAACAGAACAUAUCAGAGUCUUGAUUUAUUAAAAUUGUGUUCUAUGAACAUUGUUAGUUCAGUUGAAUCUCUCAUGAAUUAUGAAGGAACAAUGCAACAA